UAUCAGACUGUGUGCGGCGAAGAGCGAUUUCCACGAACUGGGCCGUCAUCAUGUGAUCAGAACAGCAAGCCGCCCAAAAAUAAAGCACAUGCAUAGGUGUUUUAAACAUGGCCGAAGUACCGAUUUCACCUCGACAAUCUCGGGAACGUGCUGACAUUGUUCGACCAGUUCGUCUGCAAGGUUUCAGCGAUGCUGUUUUUGCUACAGCGGCAACCCUUUUAGUCGUUCCACUAAGAAAAUUUGAACUGGAAGAGAGUGAAACUUUAAAGGAUGCUUUGGUUAGAAGAUGGCCUCAACUCCUUGUGUUUGUGUUUGGCUUCUUGAUUAUCUGCGCAAUAUGGGAGUCCCAUGCUGUUCGGUUUCGUGUUGUAUCCAAAGUUGAUGAUGUUGUGGUGUUUUGUACGUUGCUCUCACUAAUGGUGACAACAUUUUUGCCAUUCUCAGUUGCUUUAGAAGGCCACUUUCCUCGUCAGGAAGUAUCCAUUGUUUUGAGUUGCACUUUGUUGAUGUGCUUGGAAAUAAUCGAAUUAGUCAUUUUCAUAUACGCUUUUAAAAAUCCAAAGCUUCUUAGUGAAAGAUUCAGGCAGUUAGAAGCAGGUGAAAAAAAGGAAAAGAAACGACAAAUUAUUAUUAAAAUCAUGUUUAACUGUGCUGUGUUUUCACUGGCUAUGGCUUUCAGUAAUGCCUCAUUUAUUUUGGGACAGAUUUUGAUAUCCACAGUUAUUAUUAUGCCUCUUUUUCGUCGUUUCCUGAGGAGGCUUACAGAAAAGUGUUUAAGAAGAGCUGAGUCAUACUACCAUGUGUUGUCUGGACGAGUGAGCAAAGAAAGGAUAGAAUUAUUUUCCGAUGCUGCUACUGCUAUCGUUGCCACUUUGUUAAUCUUGGAUUUAACAACAGAAGAAUUCCCCAAAAAAUCCGAAGUGGAUAAAUUAGGGUUAAAUAAAGUUUUACAGAAUAUGUGGCAAAAAUUUGUUUCAUACAUUGGCACGUAUAUCACUGUUGCAGUUUUAUGGUUUGUCCAUCAUUCAGUCUUACAGCAUAUCAAAAUUUUCACGCCCCUGAUGGUUCUAUUCAACAAUAUAUUUCUGGCGUUUCUUGCUGGCACGCCCUUCAUUUCCACCCUAGUAAACAAAUACACUGGAUCGUCUUCUCACAACGCCCAAGUGGCUAUUAGAGUUAGCAGCGUUAUCAUAUGCAUUUGUAGUUCAAUGCCUAUUGCAAUUUUAGGUUUUUCUUUCUGGCAAAGAGAUCUUACAUUGCACUCUUGGGCAGUACCAAAUGCGGAAGAAUCUCACACUGUGCGAGCUCACCGAUACUUGUUUGUGAAAACUUUAAUCAUUCCGAUUAUGAGUUUAAUUACAUUUUUUGCAACACUGGGAUCUCCACAUACCACUGAUGUGAUCUAUCAUGCAUCGCUUAUAAUUGUUCCAGUAUUGUUUUUGUUAUUAAAGAUUGCCUUUGCUUGUCACUGUCGUCAGAGCAUCCAAGCUAAUAACAGCACUGAGAAUAGCCCUAAUACGUCCAGACACAGUUCCAUCAGUGAAGUGAGCAAUUCAGACCUGCCGAUGCAAUCAACGACAGCACCACAAGUGUAAAUUUUGUUUUAAUUCAUUCCCUUUGUCGCUGUUGCAGACAUAUUCACGUGACUAGAUGUAUACUCCACCAUUCGACUUCUUUACAUAAAUAGGUAUAUAUGUACAGUUUAAUGGAUUUUAAGUGACAUACCAACAUUGCAUCCAUGAUGGAUUGGAAAUGUCAUUUUAAAUAAAAACAUGUUCCUUAACGUGUAUGUCUAAUAUAUAUAUACUUUAUAUUUUUUUUAUCGUUUUUGUUUGGACAGAUUGAUGUGUGACGCUUUUAGGAGAGGCCUCUUUCACCAUCAGGCAUGUUAAGAAGGCGUGAUGAAAAAUAAAAGAAAAUAUUUUUAAGAGAGACAUAUUUACUUUAUGGAAGAAAUUUUCGCGGGCAUUUAAUUCGCGACUCAAAAAAAAAAAAGAAAUUCGCGAGAGUUUAUUUUUACGAAUUUAGAAAAUUUACCGUUUUCGCUAAAAAUGUUCUUUUAUUUCACAAAUUGCCUAAAAUUAAAUUUUUCGCAGGAAUUAUUCGCGAUCUGGUAGGAAUCAAACUUUAAGUAAAGUAAUUUUAGAAAUUUCUCAUUACAAUCAAGUGUGAAUGACAGUAAGAGGUAAGGGGUACUUUUCCUAUUGGAAUCUAACAACAACAAAAAUUAUUAUUUUGCAGGAAUUUAAUUUUUUUCGCGUAUUACAUUUAUGCAAUAUUACAAAAAUAUAUACACCUCAAAAAAAUCAAUUUUCGCGAAAAUUUAAUUUCGCGAAUUCGAGCAUAAUUCGCAAAACUCGCGAAAUAUUUUCGCGAAAAUUUCUUUCCUGUAUCCAUUUCGUUUACAAACCUUGUAUUUUCUUUUCUAUGUUCAAAUUAGAAACAUACGGAAUAUGUGUUUCAUUAUUAUGCUCAUUGUGAGUGCAGCAGGAUAACGAUAAAUUUAUAAAGUAUAUAAUUAAUUUUUUUAUGAUUUCUUUUUGUUAAGACAAAUAUUUACUCAGAUGGAAAGGUGUACAAAAGUUCAAGAAAGAUGUAAAAAACUGUCUGAAAAGCAUUUCUUUGAUUGUGUGAGAAGUGUACAGUGAGAAUAUGUUGAGAAGUAUAA